CCAUUUUAUAUAUAUAAACCUAGACACAGCAAAACCCUAGUUCAGUAGUUCCUGCCGCACCCUCCUCAACAGGUUUAAUCGAUUGAUUCUCUUAGCAAUGGCACCUAAAGCUGACGCUAAGAAAGGCGGUGAUGUAAAAGCUCAGGCUCUAAAGACAGCCAAGGCUGUGAAGACUGGUUCAACGUUCAAGAAGGUUAAGAAGAUCCGAACCACGACCACAUUUCACCGCCCAAAGACCUUGAAGACAGAUAGAAACCCCAAAUACCCUCGUAUCAGUGCCCCGCCUAGAAACAAAUUGGACCACUAUCAGAUUCUUAAGUUUCCAUUGACCACUGAAUCGGCAAUGAAAAAGAUUGAGGACAACAACACUCUUGUCUUCAUUGUUGACAUCCGUGCUGACAAAAGGAAGAUUAAAGCUGCAGUCAAGAAGAUGUAUGACAUCCAGACCAAGAAAGUCAACACUUUAAUCAGACCUGACGGCACAAAGAAGGCAUAUGUUAAACUAACUCCAGACUAUGAUGCUUUGGAUGUUGCGAACAAGAUUGGAAUUAUCUAAGCUAUGCCGUUUUUUUUAAGUUGAAGGGUUAUCGUCAGUAUGACAAUUUAUUAGUUAUGUUGUCUUGGAUUGUUCACAAAAAAAGUUGUGUUUGCAUUAAUUUGCGGUUUUGAAUUUUGCUAUUAGUUGGAGUUAUGUUAUGAUGUGCAUGUUUUUCUA